AUGGGCCGGAGAAAGGAGACCAUUACAUAUCCGUCGGGCACCUUCUCCACAUCCGUGCACGAGGGCAGUGCCAAUGACGGCCAAGAGAGCAAUGUCGUCGAGCACUACCGGCCACGCGUUUCCUACUACAUGCGAGAGCAGGCGGGUAAUUUUCACUACGGAAAGCAGCACCCGAUGAAGCCACACCGGCUGACGCUGACCAACCACCUGGUGCUUAACUACGGACUGCACAAGUACAUGGACGUCUACGAGCCGCGGCGCGCGACCGAGGAGGAAAUCCGCGAAUUUCAUGCCGAAGACUACAUUGACUUUCUCAAGCGCGUGACGCCAGACAACCAGGAGACCAUGCAGACGUGCUUUUCCGAGUUCAACAUCGGCGACGACUGCCCGAUCUUCGACGGCAUGUGGGACUUUUGCAAAAUAUACUCGGGUGCCAGCAUUGAAGCCGCGCGCAAACUGAUUUCGGGCUCGGCCGAUAUUGCGGUCAAUUGGAUGGGCGGGUUGCACCAUGCAAAGAAGUACGAGCCCAGCGGCUUCUGCUACGUCAACGACAUUGUGCUGGCCAUCCUGCAGCUGCUGCGGUACUACCCGCGCGUCUUAUACGUCGACAUUGACAUCCAUCAUGGCGACGGCGUGCAGGAGGCUUUCUACACGACUGACCGCGUGAUGACGUGCUCGUUCCACAAGUAUAACGGCGAGUUCUUCCCUGGCACCGGCGCCAUCGACGAGAUGGGCUCUGGCCUGGGCAAGUUCUUUGCCGUCAAUGUGCCCCUACAGGACGGCAUCGACGACCGGUCGUACACGCAUCUGUUCAAGACAGUCAUGUCCGCCGUCAUGGAGACCUUCAAGCCAGGCGCCAUCGUGCUGCAAUGCGGUGCCGACUCCCUGGGUCUUGACCGCCUGGGCGUCUUCAACUUGUCUAUAGCCGCCCACGGCGAAUGCGUGCGCUUCAUGCGGCGCUUUGGCGUCCCCAUGAUGGUAAUUGGCGGCGGCGGCUACACCAUCCGCAACGUCGCGCGCUGCUGGACUAACGAAACCGGCAUUGUCUGUGGCACCGACCUUCCCGCUGAACUGCCCAACACAGUGUACCGCGAGUUUUUUGGGCCCGACUACAGCCUGCAUCCGCAGCUCUCCGGAAGAGUCAUCAACCACAAUUCGAGGGCGUAUUUGAAUGCACUGACUGCUAGGAUUCUUGAGCAGCUGAGGUACUUGAAGGGUGCGCCGUCUGUGCAGAUGCAGGAGGCGCCGCCGGAUAUUCAGGGCUUUUUGGAGGACGAAGAGAGGAACGAGAAGGACUUGAUGGAUGAUCAGGAUCGGGAUACAAAGGAGGACCGUUUGGGGCGGAGAGAGCAUGUGGCGGAGUUUUAUGAGAGCGACCAUGAUCAGGACGAGGAUGAUAUUGAUGGGAGCACCAGCGUGGGUGUCUGAAGUGUGCCAUUAAAGCAAUAUGUGUUGCUUUGAGAAGAAAAAGGACAUUUGUACUUGUUUAUUGUUGGUUUGGCAUCAAAAAAAUAACGUAAUUUAUUAUAUAUAAUUUAUUAAAAAUCUCAAACAUUG